AUGUCUACCAUGACAAGUUCAACGUCAACAUCCACGUCAGGAGAAGAAAAGGAUACUGGAGUAAAUGGGGAUCACAUGCAUAGUAACGAUUAUCAUAGUCUUUUCAAAAAAUUAGACAUUAAUCGAAAUGGAGAGAUUACACUCCAAGAUUUUAAAAAGGCAUUGAAGGACUUGAAGCACCCGUUGAGUGAUAGCCCCGAGAUGAUAAAGAAAAUUUUUGAUUCAUUCGAUUCAAAUCACGACAAAGUAAUUGAUUUCAACGACUUUAAGUUAUAUUUGACUACUACUGAUGAUCAGAUUCUUAAGGGCUUCAAUAAGAUAGAUCAAGAUAACGAUGGAAAAUUGAAUAAGGCAGAUUUUGUUCAUUACUUGAAAAAGACGCUUAAUUUGAGUCCGUCAGACUCAAAAAUUGAUUUAAUUUUCAAACAGAUUGAUUACAAAAAUGAUGGCUACGUGACAUACGAUGAGUUUAGAGACUUUUUAGUAUUGAUACCAAGAUUAAAUGGCUCAAGAAUUAAGACUGCCUACAAGUUCAUCGUCGAGGAAUUAGACAUUUCCUCAGAUGGUGAUGUGACUUUAAUAAACCAAUUUUUGAAUGGGUUCGGAUUCUUCUUGGCAGGUGGGCUUUCUGGUGUUGUCUCUCGUACAUGUACGGCACCAUUUGAUAGAAUAAAGGUUUUCUUGAUUGCAAGGACUGAUUUAACUUCAACUGUAUUGCAUUCAAAAUCUGAAAUUGCAAGGCAAAUUGCAAAUGGAGCGGCAUCACAUGUUAUUGAAGAAGCCCGUCAAAAGGUAAUUGCUGCGGAAAAAGCAGCGGCUAGGCAAGCAGCAGAACAUCCAAAAACAAUAAGAUCUCCGUUGAUUCAAGCAGCAAGGACAUUAUGGAAACAAGGAGGUUUCAAGACAUUUUAUGUUGGAAAUGGUUUAAACGUCUUAAAAGUUUUUCCCGAGUCAGCUAUGAAGUUUGGGUCAUUUGAAGCCACUAAGCGUUUCUUGUCAAGAAUAGAAGGAGUUCAAGAUACAUCGCAAUUGUCGAAAGUAUCUACAUAUUUGGCUGGUGGUAUUGGGGGUGUUUGUGGACAAUUUACGGUGUAUCCAAUUGAUACAUUAAAAUUUAGACUACAAUGUUCAGAUUUGGAAUCAUCAGUACGGGGAAAUGCGUUAUUAUUUCAAACUGCUAAGGAUUUAUUCAAAGAGGGCGGAAUUAGAAUUUUUUAUAGAGGUAUUUUCGUUGGUGUCAGUGGUAUAUUUCCUUAUGCAGCUUUGGACUUGGGUACAUUUACAACCAUAAAGAACUGGUUAGUUAUACGAGAAAGUAAGAAAAAGGGAAUAAAAGAAGAAGAUGUUAAAUUACCGAACUAUAUGGUAUUAUCUUUGGGUGCCCUUUCGGGAACAUUCGGAGCAACAAUGGUUUAUCCAAUUAAUUUAUUGAGAACCAGAUUGCAAGCCCAAGGUACAUACGCACAUCCAUAUACAUAUGAUGGAUUCAAUGACGUUUUGCGUAAGACAAUUGCAAGAGAAGGUUAUCCGGGUUUGUUUAAAGGUCUAGUACCUAACUUAGCGAAAGUUGCACCUGCUGUUUCCAUAAGUUAUUUUAUGUAUGAAAACUUGAAAUAUCUCUUGAGCUUAGAUAACAGUAUAUAG